UCGGGGGUUUUCAUGUCUCUUUGUGCUCUCUGGAUCCUCUGAGGACAGGUAACUCUGCGGUUAACUGUUAAACCUCUUUGAUGCAGAGCUCUGCACAGAUUUUUUUUAUUUUCCCGACAGUCAACAACCGGAGCACGUGACCAGACCACCAGGGGGCGCUCUGCUGCAGCUUCAACAGAGAUGGAGGAAGCAUCAAUUCAGUUUAAGUACCAUACUUUCUUUUUUGUGAUCAAAUUUUUAUUGAUUGUUUACAGAUAGCAAGAAUUCAAUGGGAGGGUUACACACUUUAACCCUUUGUCAUUUCCACCUCAUUGGUCACAUUAUCCCCACCCUCUGCCAUUUAAGAACAUACAUUCACAAUACAACACAAACAGCACAAAAACAAACAAAAAAACCCUAUACAAUAUAACAGAACAAUUAAAUAAAUAAAUAAAUCACAUAAAACAUUUGUACUUCCCCACUACAAUAAAUUAUUGAUUUCCCAAUUAAAUUCAACCAACAGUUAAUGUUUGGCAUUUUAGCUAAAUAUAAUCUUGCUGUGGUGUACUCGAACUGUGCAAUAUCCUGGUAGGAAGAAAGCCAUUCCUUAGAGGAUAGUGUAUGUGGGGGCUUCCAGCGACAGGCGAUCAUUCUCUUGGCAGCUGUUUGCCCUGCCAAGAGGAGACGUCUAUCACUUAUUGAUAAAUUUAAGAAAGACGUAACAUUAAGUAAUAGUAAGGACUGUGAACAAGGAAUAGCUUUCUGCAUCAAAUCAGACAUAAUGCAUGAGAUGUUUUCCCAAAUCAUAUGAAAAAAAGUACAAAAAGUAUUGUCUGAACAGAAAUCACAAAUAGAGUGGGUUCUAAGGUUCAUUUGAUGGAUCGUCGAGGUGUAAGAUACGACCGAUGGACAAAUUCAAAGUGAAUCCUUUGGUGAUUUGGAUUUCUGGAUGAAAUGGUAAUAUUUGACCAAAUAGAGUGCCAAUUGAAAUCUGAGGUAGCACCAAUAUCACUUUUACAGAGUCUGUUUAAAGGUAAAUGUUUAUAUGAAGCUUCACAUAUCAAUUUGUACAGUUCAGAUAUAAUGCCUCAAAUCCUGGGAUUCAAGAAAGCCUAGUUGCCCUACAGUGUUCUGCAUGGUGAUAACUCCCCUCUUACUCCACUGAGGGAAAGAAAUUGUUUACAGUACCAUACCAUACCUUAAGUACCAUACUUUCGACUUACACUGAAAUGUACUCCAGAAUAUUAGACGUAUUCUAAUAUUUAGCUUUAAUACUGUCCAACUGUAUUUUAGCCUUUUUAAUCAUAAAACUACUAAUUAACAAAAAUUAUGACACAUCUCAUUAUUUAGUACAAAGAUAAUUUCAGUAUUAAUUUUUUUUUUGUCUAACACUUAAAAAAAGACCCUCAUUAUCUGACUAUAUACAAUCUAUGAUUUGAACUGGUGUUGAUAUUUACACGAAGAAAUCACUCCUUGGCUGACUCUCACUAGAGGGCACUGUUUUCUUUAAAAACUCAUAUCUGAUUGGCUCACAUUGUAAACGUCACUGUCGCAGAGCCAAUCAAAUCACUCACAAAACCGCGGACAUUUGAAAACAGAGAUGGCGGACGUUCGAGCGUAAGUCUUUAACGAUGAACACUUACCGACACAAAAUCAUAUUUAGACUCUCAAUGACUUUUAAAAACAUGGCCUUAAUAUUACACACUGUUCUGAAAACGGUCGCUGAGAUAACCUAGAGCAGAAUAAUGAUAUGUUUGGACAGACUUGACUCAGGUUUAUUGUGAUUUUUUACUCAUAGAUUGGGUGGGGUUAAUGUGUUUUUAUUCAUGAAAGUGUAUAUUAGUGUUUAUUAAUGUGUCUUGUUAAUUUUUAGUGACAUUUUUGUUUUAAAUCGAUGUUUUUUAGUGUCCUGCGGCGCUGUGAUCCUGCCCUCCUGGAUCCGUGUGGAGACCAAGAGCAGCCGGACUGUGCAGAGGCAGCCAGGAUGCUCCUCUACUUGACGGUCUGUCUGCUAAAAUAUCAGGUUUAACUGUUAGAAACUUUAAUUGACGCGCAAACUAAAUGAAUGAUAAGUAGGGGAGAGUGGGGUAAGUUGAGCCACCCCCUGUUGCUUGGAAAUGGUCAAAGAAAUUGAUCAUGUGACCACUUUUAUUUGGCAUGCUAUAUUAUCAAGACAGUUAUGUUUACACUCAUUCUGUUGGUUUGCAGGGAUGCACUUGAAAAUAUAUGCAGAUACACUAGUUAGAGACAAAACUAUGAUUGCAUUGAUCUAGUGAUUCGAAAUAUGAAACAUGGCUCAUCUUACCCCACUCUCCCCUAUGUGUGUUUCUGUGUGUAGGACAGCAGACGAGUCCAGAAAGUUCUGUGGCGUCAGCUGUUUGUUCUGGACUCUAUGGUGUCGCUGCUGGAGGGUCUCGAGUCAGCUCAGCAAUUGUUGACGACACCGUGCCCUCCACAACCAGGUACAGAUAAAACACAGUACACACAGAGCUAAGUAGAAAUGUUUGAUUUUUUAUGAGCCUGUUUGUUGAUAUAUUGCUUAUGAAUUCCACUGGUUAAUGUGCCUAAUAACCUUCAGCAGCAUACCAUGAAAUAGCAGUUUGUUCAAACUGUGUGUGUGUGUUUCAGAUGGUGGCGCUCGGGGCAGGUGGAAGGCUCUAAAAGCAGACAGUAGGUUAGGGGUGGAGGAGACAGAGACUCUUCUUGGAGCUUUGCAGGAACGAAUCCAACAGAUCCUGGAGAGGCGACACAAACUCACACAGCUGGUCCAACAUCUGCACAGCAAGGCAACAAAACUUUAUAUAUUACAAACACUCUCCUCUGCUUGUGUCCCUUCCUAUUCUUUUCCUUUUCUUUUCUCCUCUGUUAAUGUCUUUUAUCUCUUGUGCUCUUAUCUUUUCCAUAUUUCCUCCACUUAUCUCCUUUUCUCAUCCUUUCUGGUUGUGUGUUUUCCUUAUCACAUAUUGUCCCCUCUCCUCAUCUCUCCUUCUUGUCCCCUUGCUUAUCUUAACUCCUUGUCUCCUUUCCAUUUCGUUUUUUCUUUUGUUUUUUUGUUUUUCUUUAUCUCCUUUGCUUCUCCUUCCCUCGUUUCCUUUGUUGUCUUCUCUACUUAUGACGUCUUGUCUCCUCCCUUCAUUUCCUCUUUACGUCUUGUACGUUGUCCUUUUCCCUUGUCUCCUUUUCUUUCAUCACCUCCUUGUCUUUUUACAUCGUCUCCUCUUGCCUAUCCUUCUUUAUCUUCUUAUCUUUGUAUCUUCUUCUCAUGUCUUGUCUGCUUUUCUCAUUUACACAUUACCCUUUCUUUUCUCAUCUCCUUGUCACCUUCCUUGUCUCCUCUGCUGCUCUGUCUCCUUGUUCACUUUCCAAUCUUAUUUAUUAGGCUUUUCCUUCUUUGCUUAUCUCCUGUUUCCUUUAUCCAUGUCCAUCUGUGUUUCCCCCCUUUUCUUCUCUCCUAUUUUUUCUCUUUGUCUCCUUGUCUUGUCUCCUCCACCGGUCCCCCUUGUGUCCUCUACUACUUCGUAUCCUCAUUGUUUUUUUUUUUUAAUCUCCUCAUCCCCUCUCCUCAUCUCCUUUCCUUGUGUCUUUCAGAGGCAGCAGCAUGAGCAGCUGCUAGAGGCCCUACAGACGGCCCAGACUGCACUGGAGUCAUGUGACCAUCAGCUGAGUCGACUGAAGGUGGAAUCGGAGGCAGUGCUCAGUCGGAUGAUAAGCUGGCAGCAGCACACAGAUGAGUGAGUAUCAUCAGGUCACAUGACCUCUGUCUCCUGCUCUGAUUGCUCACUUACUCAGCUUCCUGUUCACCUGUCAGGCUGCAGGAGUACGUUUCCAAUGUACAGGACGUCAUGCAGAUCAACCUUCUGUCCUUCAACCAAUCAGAGUUGUGCGUGGAGCUCAGGCCGCGCCCCUCUUCUGACCAGUCAUCCAAUGAGCUGGAGCCCCUGAAGCUGUCUGUCACUUGGUGCCACAACGACCGUUUCAGGCUGCAGGUAUCUGAUCAUGACCUGCACUUUUAGAUUGACUUGAUAAUGGCACCAGAUCAGCAGAGGUCUUAGGAUGUUCAGGAUGCUUUCUGAUUGGUUAAUCCCUCUAAAAGUGACGGUGUCUCUGCAUGCAGGUGAAUGAGGGGACGGCUGGUCUGGUGGAGGACUGUAGAUCGGGGAGGCGCUCUGAACUUGGCGCUGCCCUGCUGGAGGUGAUGCAGUGUUACGUGGGUCAGUUUGAGCUGCUGUCUGAGAUCCAAGGACUGAGAUCCAGGUACGUCAGACAGGUGUUUGUUUCAGUCUGCGACGAGCUGGAAGACCUGAUCAGUCAGAUAAAUAAUCAACAACUGCUGUUGAUGGAGAGAUUAAACUCAGACUGACCUCAGAUGAGGUCACUGAGAGGUAAACCCUCAGGAGAGUCUGAUUAAAGAUACAAAGAGUUGCUUAGAGAUAAUUAAAGGUUUAACUGAGUCUCUCAAAGAAUUUAAAUUAAACUCCAAAAAUAUGAAAUGAAUGGGACCCUGGCGCAAAAUAAACUAAUGUAUUUACAGAGGAAAGUUUCUGCAUAGUUGAGCACAAACACUUUUCAUUCAUUUUAAGACUUGAAGUUUCAGUGAUGCUUAUAGAAACCAGAGUUUGUAUUUGAGCUUCACAGCCCACAGCUAGUCUCUGUCUGUUCACCUCUUUCUUCUGUGUGUUUAUUUGUUCAGUUUUGCAAUCGACUGGCGUCCUGCUCAGCGUCUGCUGGUCUACCUGAAGACGGCGUUGUUGGUGUGCCAUCUGGAGGUGGAGGAGGGAUACCCAAGCAGCGGACGGGCCCAUCUACUGUCAGUACGGAGAGAUGGACAACCUGUGGACAUAUCAGGACUGAAGGUAAUGAACACACAGUUUUAUACGCUGAUAAUGUUAAACCUAUUUCCACACCUUUUUUUUUUAUUUAUUCAGUGUAAAAAAUCACCAAGUAUUCCCUGCAACAGAUUUGAUUAAAUUAGAUUGUGAUAUAAAUUUGAUGUAUCACUGGAAAUGUUCAUAUCUGUUGAAAUUAAUUAGCAGUUAUCUGCAGAUAUGUUGAUAAUAUUGUUCACCCAAAAAAAUUUUUUUCAAGGUCUACAAAAUGAAACGGAUGAAUCCUGAUUUCAAAAGUGAUCUAACAUAUUUUUUUUCUGUCUGUCUGUUUUUUGUCCGUUUCUCUCUCAGCCUUAUAAAUCUGAUCUCAGUCUGACUGACUGGCUGGUUUUUCUCUGCAGCAGUCCUCUCCUCUGAUCCUCUCCUCUUUUCUUUACCUCCUCAUCUUUUACGUUCUAUCUGUCUCCCUCUAUUUGUUCCUCCUCUUAGUUUCCAACUUUAAAAUAUGAGUUUGGACAUCUGUAAAAAUGUUCAUCUUUUCAUCUGUUUAUGUAAAGUGAUGCAAAAAUCACCAAACUGUAAAUAAAGCUUUUACUCCAGUACAACCUUUGAA